UUUAAAAUGCAUGAUCUUAUCCAUGAUCUCUCACUCUCAAUUGCCAAAAGAGAGUGUUCAGUAGUGACCAAGAAGUCUGCACUUGCUAUAGAAGUUUGUCACCUAUCAUUUUUAGAAAAUGGGCAAGAAAUUACAACACAAUUAGAGAAGUCGAGCAAAAUUCAGACUAUUAUUUUCCAAACAGACCAAUCCAUGUCCUUACUUGAAACAUGCUUCUCAAGAUUUAAGUACUUGCGGGUGCUUGAUCUGAAAAAUUCAUCCUUUGAGGUGUUGCCAAGUUCUAUUGGAAGUUUGAAACAUUUGAGAUAUCUUGACCUAUCAUUUAAUCACAUAAUCAAGCAACUUCCAGAUUCCAUUUGCAAGCUGCACAGUUUGAGAACUUUACUGCUUGAAAAUUGCCACAAUCUUGAACGGUUGCCAAAAGGUAUAGGGGACAUAAUCAGGCUGAAGCUUUUUAUUGUUACAACAAAGCAUACUUGCUUGUCAGAGAACGCAGUAGGUUGCUUGAGUUCUCUUCGAUCUUUGUGGAUAUGGAGAUGUGUGAAUCUAAAAUGUGUGUUUGAAGGGAUGGAGGAGAGGCGCCUCACCUAUCUUCGAACAUUGGUGGUUGGAAAUUGUCCAAGUUUGACCUCUUUGACACUGAGUAUCAAACACCUAACUGCCCUAGAGACCCUAAUAAUUAGGGAUUGUAAAGAGCUUAGUUUGAUGGAGGUAGCGGGAGAAGAAGACAAUCAAGAUCUCAAGUUGAGCCUCCAAAAUUUAAUGUUUUUCCGUUUACCAAAGUUGGAGGUUUUGCCCCAAUGGCUCCAAGGAUUUGCAAACACUUUACAGCUGCUAUGGAUUGGAGGAUGUGAAAAUUUAACGGCUUUGCCGGAUUGGCUGACACGUCUGAAAUCACUUUAGACACUUUGGAUUGACAAUUGUCCUAAGUUAUCAUCUCUCUCGGAGGGGAUGGAGGCACUAACAGAAUUGUUGAUUUAUGGUCGUCUUGAUUUGAGUAGAAAAUGUAGAGAAGAUCGCUCAUUUAACACAGAUUGUUCUUGAUGAGGGUAGCAUAAAUUUACCAAGAGAAGAUGAUGAGGUAAGGGCAGAUUUGUCUUCUUAUUAGUAUUUUUGUCCUAUUAUUAUAGGAUAGUCUUUACAACUUUUUUUUUUUGUGUGUGUGU